AUGGCCGCCACCGUGGAUACAUACCACGAAGAAGUCGUCAGCGAAGUCGUUGAAGUCGUCGAAGUCGUCCAAGUCGUACAAGUUGAAAAUGUAGAUUCUGAAAAAGUCCAGGCCGACAUUAAGACAGAGGAAAUAAAACAUGAUGAAACUUUCCUUGAAUCACAACAGACCGAACAAGCAACAAUUGUCAACAACGCAACCACCGACGAUAUACUGCCCGAAGGUCUGGUCGUCGAAAAAUUCGAGCAUACUACGUCCACUCGCUCUGUCGAAGAAACACAUGCAUCAGACCACAAGGAUGCUGAAACUGUCGAAACAAAUGCUGGCAUUGUCGAAGAAUCCGAUCAAACUGAAGUCACUGAACAUGCUGUCAGCGAGACCAGUGAACAUCACACCGAGGAUCAUGUAGAGCAUACCGAGGACGAGUCGAUUGCCGAAACCGAUGGCAAAGAGGAAUCCCACGAGGAAACUCACGAAAACAGAUCCAUCUCUGGUGAAUCUGUUGCUACUGAAGGUAAAGAAUCCAUCAAAUCUCCUACCGAACCGCUCACUCCUCCUAAAAGCCCUAUUACUGAGGAUAUCAAGGAAAAAGAACACGAGAAAAAGUCUGCAAAACCCACUGCUUCCUCUAAAAUAGCAACAAAAACACGACCAAAACCGGGUGUUACCGGAAAGACUACAACGUCUGCAACAACCACCACUACUAAAACACGUACUCGCAGCCCAUCCGUCUCAAAGACUUCGACUCCCGCAAAGUCGACCACCCGUCAAAACAGCAGCUCUACUGCUACAAAGACUGCUACAAAGACUGUAAAACCAACUGUCAGCGCGACUACUACGAAAUCUGCAACUGAUAGGAAGACUAGCACAACUACUACGCGCCCUAGUACGAUAAAGUCACCAAAAACUCCUACGACCUCUGCGACUGCGACAACCACCCCAAAGAGAACAACUAGCGUCGGAUCUACGACUUCCACUCAUGCCAAGAAGCCCAGCAUUUCAUCCAGCGUCUCAAAGACAAAAACCACAACCGUCGGUACCAAGCCAACUUCAACAGCAACAAAGCCUGCGGCUAAGGUUACUAAUGGUGUUGCAAAGGCAUCCGCAUCCACGUCGGCUUCUGCUGCCGCCGAAAUUCAUGGUUAUAAAGAAAAGAUCGAUGAACUUCAAAAACUCAUAGAGGAAAAGGAUAAUCUUUUGAAGACCCAAGAAAAAGAACUUGAAACUCUCAAGGCGUCUAUAAGCCAGAAAUCGCUCGAUGGUAUAUCAGAGGAAGCUCAGAUCGAUCGCGACGAAGCGCUGUCGAAGGAAGCGGAAAUCGAAUUGCUUAGGAAAGAAAGGAAAAGAUUAGAAGAUGAGCUUUCGAACCAGAAAGCGACACACGAAGAAAUGAAGGCCAAGUAUGAGAGCCAGCUUAAAGAGCUUCGUGAGGCAAAUUCUAAUAUUGAAGCAAAAGAGGCCGAAUUAACACAAAAGCUUGAAGUUGAAGAAAGCGUUGCACAACAACUUACUGCAUUGCGAGUGGAGCUUGAGAACAAAAACAAUGAAAUUGAAAGCGUAAAAGAAGCUCAUCUGGAAGAGAUUAAAAACUUGCAAGAGGCUCAUUUAGCUGGUAUCAAAGAAUUAGAACUCCGGCACGCCAAGGAUAUUGAGCAGGCACGCGAACACGUGCGCGAGCAAGUUAGCAUCGAGUUACAGUCUUCCCAGCAGGAGCAGGCCUCAGAAGUGGGCGUCCUCAUUGAACAAUUUAAAGCCCAGCACGCCAGAGAGCUCAGUGAGAAAGAACAAGCUUACAACGCGCAAUUAGAAAAACUCAUCAAAGAGCGUGAAGAGUUGAUAGAAGCUGCCAAAGAAGAUGCUCAAGCAAAACUUCAACACAAUGAACAACUCUUGCACCUCGAACGGACGCACGAAGAAGAAGUCAAACAACUCACGUCUAAACUUCAAAGCAAGCAUGAUGGUGCUGUUCAAGAGCUUGCCGCAGUCAGAGAUCAGCAUUCCCAAGAAAGAGAAGAACUAAUCAAAAAGCAUGAGACCGAGAUAUCUGAGCUCAAAGCACAACACGAAGCUGUGUUGGCUGCAGCCAAAGACGCUGGAGGUAACGAUUCGGCUGUCUACGCAAAAGAAAUCGAGAUCCUAAAAGCCGAGCAUGCUAAAGAAGUAGAGACUCUGGUCAAAAAAUACGAAGAGCAAACCACAAGGCUAGAGAGUUUGAAACAGGAAUAUGAAAACUCUGUUGCGGAACUGAAAGAAAAACAUGCAAAAGAUGUUCAAGAGAAGAUGUCCGCUUUCGAGAAAGAAAGUAAGGCUCAAGUAGAAGUCUUGUUGGCAGAAAUCGAAAGUUUGAAGAAGACUGCGUCCGAGGACAAGGAGGUCGAAAUGAAACUUAUCGCAAAACACGAAGCCGAAAUAAACGAACUAAAGGAGGCUCAUGCCAAUGAGUUGGAAGAGUUGGUAAAGUCUGAUAAUGCUUCCUUUGAAGAACUUGAAACAUUGCGAAACCAGCUUUCGAUUGCCAAAAAACAGAACAAUGACUAUGAAGAUCAGCUGCAGGAAUUUACCGAGCACAUGAAUUCUCUUGCUAAGGGACACGCUGAUGAGAUCCAGUCAUUAGUGGCAGAAAAUAAGCGGAAACAUGAAGACGAGAUUGAGCAGCUCAAGAUAGCUCAUGCUGAACAAAUGAAGGCAUUGGAAGAAGAGACCAACAUUGUCAAGAGACAAUUUGAUGAUCUUCUCACGAUAAAGGAUGCAGAAGUUGAUGAGCUCAACAAGCGACUUAAGAGUGUUGGAAAUGUAGAAGCACUUCACCAAGCGCAUAACGCAAAGAUUGCCGAACUAGAGGCGCAACACGCACGAGCAAUCGAAGAGAGAGAUGAAAAGAUCAAGAAUACUACCAUGGAACUUAAAUGGAUCGAAGAAGAAAACGAUCAGCAAGAGGCAAGUUUAUAA